AUGUCAUCCACUAUGAUGUGCAAGGAAAAGGUGACCCCUGUAGUGACAGGGUCAGAUCUGCACCACUGGAAAAGCAUGGAAGUCCUGCACACAGAUCAUCUUGAACAUGCAGAUGAAUCUACCACCAAUCUGCCUCCUGCUCUCAAUGGUCAAGCCCUACAAUCUCUCAGGCUGCGGCACUCGAAAUGUCUCCUGUGGAGGUGGAGGGGCACCUUCAUGUCACUUCUGUACAAUUGUUUGUUUAUUCCCAAGUUUUGCUCUCAUGGUGCUCAAGACCAACCAAUUGCAUCACUAGCCAUAUGCCCUCUGUACAUGUCCUUCCUACUUCUGACUAUGCUGGGUGUGUAUGCCAAUCUGAUAUUGACACCCACUUGGUCAUUCUGUUUCAUGCAUUACUUCAUUUACCUUGCUCUCGCACUUUGA